AUGGACAAAGAUCUUGACAAUGCGAAUCCGACCAUCCUGAGCGCGGCCCAGAUGCCGACGCGUCAAAGCAAGCGUGAAGCACCCAAGACGGGUCCAUUUCACAAAUUCGACGAUGUCAUCUUCGCUAAACCCUGGUACCUCUCGGCACCCUUCUGUGAUGAUGAUUCACUAUGGUCUGAGCCGGAGGCCGACCAAUCUCACUUGGCGGAAGAACCCAUUGAUGAACAAGAAAUCUACGAUUUGAUCUCGACCAUCUCAGAUCCAGAGCACCCCCUCUCCCUGGGACAACUGGCUGUUGUCAACUUGCCUGAUAUUCACAUCAGCCCUCCUCCCUACCUGGCCAUGGACCCCAACAAGUUGGUUCAGGUCUUGGUCGAGUUGACACCAACUGUCUCUCACUGUUCUCUCGCCACCGUGCUUGGGUUGGGUGUUCGCGUGCGCCUUGAGAAGGCACUUCCUCCCAACUGGCGGGUGGAUGUUAGGGUCAAGGAGAACGCGCAUGCUCAAGACGAUCAAGUGAACAAGCAGCUCAGUGACAAGGAACGAGUUGCUGCCGCGCUAGAGAACGAUACCCUGAAGGGGGUCCUCGACAAGAUGCUUGAAACCUGCGUCUGA